UUGAAAAACUUAUCAGAAAACGGUGGAGUGGAAAACUUUCUGUUGGGACGAGCAGCAUUUGACAGUGAACCUCCUCCUGUUAAAGAGGCAACUGAAAAUGGCUCAUCAAAGGACAAAUCCAGACCACUGCAUUCUCUCAAAGAGCCUUAAGAAAUAUGAGAGCCAUAAAGAGAAAAAGGUUUCACUGAGUUUCCCAAAAUCUCGGAACAAAAGAGAGAGAGAAAGUCCAGAUACCAAUCGCCCUAUGUCAAAGCUGAAUCUGGUUGUGUGUGGGAGUGAUGACACAUUAAAGUCCAGCAUAUCAGAGCUGAUCCUGCAGCAGAGAUUCGGGAGAUCAGAGUGUAUGAGAAGGGAAGUGGAGCUUCAUGGACAUCUGAUUAGUCUGGUGGAGCUUCCAGCUCUCAGUCGGCUCUCAGAGGAGGAAGUGAUGCGUCAGACUCUCCACUGUGUGUCUCUCUGUGAUUCUGAAGUUCAUGUUUUCCUCCUCAUUAUGUCUAUUGGUACUCCUAAUAAUGAAGACAAAGCAGAAAUGGAGAAGAUCCAGAACAUAUUUGAUUCCAGAAAGCAUUUCAUACUGCUCUUCACCUCAGAAUUCUCUGUUGGAGACUUACUCACAAAUCAUAUCAAAUCCAUUCCAGAAAUUCAGAGAUUAAUCACACUAUAUGGUGAUCAGUACAGAGUUAUUGGGUUAAAUGAACCUGAAAGCUCAAGACAGAUCCCAGAACUACUGGAUUAUAUAGAGAACAUGAAGACUGAACCAUAUUCACUUCAGAUGUAUGUGAAAGCUCAAGAGAACAGAGUCAGACAUGAAACAGAGGAAAAAUAUAAAGAAGAACUGAAGAGAAUGGAGACUGAAAUCAAAGAGUUGAAACAGAGGAUUCCAUCACAAGAUCUAUCAAAUGAUCCAGAGGGUCUGAGGAUUGUGCUGAUCGGGAGAACAGGAAGUGGAAAAAGUGCAACAGGAAACACUAUUCUGGGAAGAAAUGAGUUUCAGAGCCAAUCAAGCUCGGAUUCAGUGACAAGUGUGUGUCAGAAGGGAGUUGGUGAAGUUAAUGGUCGAUCAGUAGCUGUUGUUGAUACUCCAGGUCUCUUUGACACAACACUGUCAAAUGAAAAACUGGUGGAAGAAAUAAUGAAAUGUGUUUCACUGUCAUCACCUGGACCUCAUGUGUUUGUCAUUGUGUUGAGUUUGGGAAGAUUCACUAAGGAAGAAGCAGACACUGUAGAUCUGAUAAAGAAUAUCUUUGGCCCAAAAGCUGCUCAGUUCAGCAUCGUUCUGUUCACUAGAGGAGAUGAUCUUGAGAACGAGUCUAUAGAAGAUUAUGUGGAGAGAAGUAAGUCUGCUGAACUCAAGAAACUGAUCAGAGAUUGUGGAAACAGAUUCCUGGCUUUCAAUAACAAAGAAAAACGAGAAAAAACUCAAGUGAUUCAAUUGUUAAACAUGAUAGAAGAGCUGAAAAAUAUUAAUCAAGGCCUAUACUUCACUAACAGCAUGUUCGAGGAGGCAGAGAUGAGCAUUAAAAGAAGAAUGGAGGAAAUAAUGAAAGAGAGAGAACGAGAAAUGCAGAAUCAGAUAGAAGAAUUACAAGCCAAACAUGAAAGAGACAUGAUGAAGAGACUUGAGGAAGAGAACCAAAGAGCAGAUAAUGAGAGAAAGAAAAUUGAGAAUCAUUUCAGAGAAAAAGAAAAACAACUCAUAAAAGAGUUUGAAGAAAAAGAGAAAACAGAUAAGAAGAAACGAGAGAUUGAAAACCAGAAACGAUCAGAAGAGGAAAAACAGAAAAGAGCUGAAUAUCAUCAGAAAAUAGAAGAAAUGAAGAGAGAGAUUGAAAAUCAGAGAUUACAGUAUGAAAAACAGCAAAAAGAAAGAGAAGAAGAAGAUAGAAAGAGAGAAGAGAAAUACAGACGAGAUCAAGAAAAGAUGAAAAAUGAACAAGAAUGCAUUAUAGUUGAGUUACGAAUGAAACAAGAAGAAGAAAUGAAAAGGAGAGAACUGGAGGAGAAAAUGAGGAUUGAAGAAGAAGAGGAAGAGAGACAGAGAUGGUUAAGAAAAAUAAAAGAGGCUGAAAAUGACAGAAAGGAAAUUCAAGAGGAAAUUAGACGACAGCAGAGAGAAUGGGAGGAUGAAAUGAAACAUCAGAUGAGAGAACGAGAGGAAGAAGAAAGAAAGAGAAAAGAGAAACACGAGAAACAACUGAGAGAAAAACGAGAAGAACUGGAGAAAAAGAUAAAGAUGUUUAAGAGUGAGGCAGAAAUAGAAAGACAGAAGAUAGAGGAGGAGAGAAAGAAACAGAGAAAAGAAAGAGAAGAAAAAGAGAGAGAAUAUGAGAAAAAGAGACAUGAAAUGAAAAGACAUUAUGAACAACUGGAACAAGAGAGAAAAGUGGAGUGGGAGAGAAGAAAACGAGAAGAUGACGAAAGACGAGAAAAAGAGAGAAAGAGAUGGAAGAAAAUGAUUGAAGAUCUGAAACAAGAUCAAGAAGAAGAGAUCAAGAGAAGAGAAGAGGAGGAGAAGAAGAGGAAAGAAAGAGAAGAGAAAGAGAGAGAUGAAAUGAAAAAGAAACAUGAAGAAGAAAUAAAAUUCAUGAAGAAGCAACAUGAAGACGAAGCCAGAAAACAAGCAGAAGAACUGAAUGAUUUCAGAGAGGGAAAAGAGGAGCUCAAAAAUAUGCUGGAAGAUCAUAAGAAACAACAUGAAAUACUGAAGAAACUCUGUCAACACCUGAAAGAAGAAGAAAAAGAACAAAAAGACAAGAAAGAAAAGGAAAGACGAGUGCUAUUACAAGAAACUGAAAAACUGAAAAAUAAAAAAAGUUGUGUUGUUAUGUGAUAAUUUUUAACAGCACAAUUAUGUUUUUACAUAAAAAUUAGUGCCUAUUUUAAACAACAUAUUACAAGCUUAAAAUGCUUUUUUUUUUUCUUUUUUUUUGUAUGUUAUUUGAUUAAAAUGAUCUUGCAUUUUGGGGAGGGAAGGGCCCAGCUAACAGGAUUCCAGUUAAUGAAUAUUCUCAUAACUUUGACUAAAAUUCUGAUAAGGUUUUCCAAAGUUAUGAAUAAAGGUUUUUUUUUUUUUUUUUUUCAGUAAUGUUAAUAGAAUUUUUGUUCAAAGUUAUCAGGCCUUUAUUAAUGUUCUCAAAAGAUUAGCACAAAAACAUAAUUUGUAAAUUUUGUAGAAGUUUCGUAGCUGUAGAAGAUUUUUCAUCAGUGUUAGGAGAAAACAUUCUUACAACAGUAUUCUUGGCACAUCUUUAAAACACUUACAACGACUAUCUUCAGAUGAAUAAGAUUGUGUGGCUGUUUUAAAAGAACAUCCUUGGAACGUGGGAAAGUUUUGCAGAAAGUUUUGUAGCCUGUCUCAUUGAUAUUGUCUUUUCUCUGAAAUUUAUGUAAAGGUUACAAGUGUUAGAAUUAAACACUUUCAAAACAAUGUUCCAUGAAAUCACCAUAUAUUGUCAUGAAUAUUUGAUUCAUAUUAUCAUAAUGUUAUCAGAAAACUUCUUGAACAACACUCUUCAAAUGUAUGUUAAAUAUUAAGGAUCGCUGUCUGGCUUAAAAUUUGUUUGUUAAU